UAAAAGCGGCACAGUGCAGGAACAGCAAGUCGCUCAGAAACACUGCAGGGUCUAGAUAUCAUACAAUGUUACUAAAUGUACUCAGGAUCUGUAUUAUCGUCUGCCUUGUGAAUGAUGGAGCAGGAAAACACUCAGAAGGACGAGAAAGGACAAAAACAUAUUCACUUAACAGCAGAGGUUACUUCAGAAAAGAAAGAGGAGCACGUAGGAGCAAGAUUCUGCUGGUGAAUACUAAAGGUCUUGAUGAACCCCACAUUGGGCAUGGUGAUUUUGGCUUAGUAGCUGAACUAUUUGAUUCCACCAGAACACAUACAAACAGAAAAGAGCCAGACAUGAACAAAGUCAAGCUUUUCUCAACAGUUGCCCAUGGAAACAAAAGUGCAAGAAGAAAAGCUUACAAUGGUUCUAGAAGGAAUAUUUUUUCUCGCCGUUCUUUUGAUAAAAGAAAUACAGAGGUUACUGAAAAGCCUGGUGCCAAGAUGUUCUGGAACAAUUUUUUGGUUAAAAUGAAUGGAGCCCCACAGAAUACAAGCCAUGGCAGUAAAGCACAGGAAAUAAUGAAAGAAGCUUGCAAAACCUUGCCCUUCACUCAGAAUAUUGUACAUGAAAACUGUGACAGGAUGGUGAUACAGAACAAUCUGUGCUUUGGUAAAUGCAUCUCUCUCCAUGUUCCAAAUCAGCAAGAUCGACGAAAUACUUGUUCCCAUUGCUUGCCGUCCAAAUUUACCCUGAACCACCUGACGCUGAAUUGUACUGGAUCUAAGAAUGUAGUAAAGGUUGUCAUGAUGGUAGAGGAAUGCACGUGUGAAGCUCAUAAGAGCAACUUCCACCAAACUGCACAGUUUAACAUGGAUACAUCUACUACCCUGCACCAUUAAAAGGACUGUCUGCCAUACAGUAUGGAAAUGCCCAUUUGUUGGAAUAUUCGUUACAUGCUAUGUAUCUAAAGCAUUAUGUUGCCUUCUGUUUCAUAUAACCACAUGGAAUAAGGAUUGUAUGAAUUAUAAUUAACAAAUGGCAUUUUGUGUAACAUGCAAGAUCUCUGUUCCAUCAGUUGCAAGAUAAAAGGCAAUAAUUGUUUGACUUUUUUCUACAAAAUGAAUACCCAAAUAUAUGAUAAGAUAAUGGGGUCAAAACUGUUAAGGGGUAAUGUAAUAAUAGGGACUAACAACCAAUCAGCAGGUAUGAUUUACUGGUCACCUGUUUAAAAGCAAACAUCUUAUUGGUUGCUAUGGGUUACUGCUUCUGGGCAAAAUGUGUGCCUCAUAGGGGGGUUAGUGUGUUGUGUACUGAAUUAAUUGUAUUUAUUUCAUUGUUACAAUGAAGAGGAUGUCUAUGUUUAUUUCACUUUUAUUAAUGUACAAUAAAUGUUCUUGUUUCUUUAAA